AGUAACCUUGAAGUUUUCGAAACAAUUAUAGCGGCAUAACCUCUAAUCUUCGUUUAAAAUUUUAACGUCAAACUCAUUGAUAAGUGAUGUGUUUUUGUUCGUAAGUUCUUUUCUUCUUUUUUUUUUUUUAAUUGAAUCGAAGAUGUUCAUAGUAACUAAAGAAAUCGAUGGAGAAAAUAUUAGCAAGUUGUGUCGUACGUGUUUGCGAGAGGACGGCGAUAAAAUGGUUUGUCUGUUCGUUGGACCUGCAGGUUCUUCUCUCGCUGCCAAACUGAGAUCUUUAUCGUGUCUAGAAGUUUGGCAAGGAGAUGGAUUACCAGAAAAAAUGUGUGACCGAUGUGUUACCAGAGCAGAAUCUGCUCUUUUAUAUAGAGAACAAUGUAGAGCAGCCGAUAGAGCUUUAAGACAGGCUGCUUUAAAGGUUUCUGGUUUAACUUCCUAUGCAACAGUAUCUGGCUGUAAACUGUAUCAGCAGAGUCAAGGUUUUAUGCCUGUACAAAAUUCACACAAAACUUUAAAAUGCAUAGAAUGUGGAGCUGUGUUUAUGAGUUAUCAAGAAUUAUGUGCUCAUAAUAGACUGCAUUUACCUUUUGUACAAGAGAAUAUUCCCGUAGAACAUAUGCACAUCAUAGAGUCUCAAAAUACAUAUCUUAAUUUCAGCCAUUUAAAUUCUAAUCUCUCUAAUGAUGGUAUUCAAAAUACUCAAUUAUCUCCAUUAAUUACGUCUAACGUAAUGCACAUGAUGUCAGUGAAUGAAGAUGGUUCUAGUAGAGCUGCUUGCGCGCUCCACUGUUCUCUCUGUAAUCAUACAUUUACUAAUAGAACGCAAUUAAUAUGUCAUAAUAUAGCACAUACUACAGAAAAUAUAGAUAUAUCUUGUGACAAUGACAAUAUCGAUAUCUGCGAAAAUUCUAAUCAACUACCACAAAAUUUGAGCUACGAAAGAUCUAUGAAUUCUGUCGAUAACUCGGUUGAAAAUUUAUCUUAUCAAAGACCUAACGUGGAUAAUAAUGAAAUGCAAAAUUUAAAUUUUCCGGGUAAUAUUCAUCUCGAUGAUGUUCGAGAAAGUGGUACGCAACGCGUUCAAAAUAUAAUGCAUUCAGAAAAUGAUGUUACGAAUGUGCAUAAUUUACAAUUUACUAAAGCACCAAAUGUUGAAACAGAUAGACAUAUCUUAAAUAAUUAUCAAGCUUGUUCAUCAGAUUCUGAUUAUAAAGAAAAACUUGAUGCAAAGGAACUAAGUAAUUCGCAUCCAAAAAGAUACAAAUGUAAAUUAUGCACUAAAGUAUUUAGUCAAAAAUCUAAAUUACUUGCUCAUCAGAUAUCUCAUAGUGAUCAAAGACCAUUUAAGUGUCUCAGUUGUGAAAAAGCUUAUGCAUCUAAAAGUAAGUUGAAUGCACAUAUGAGACUACAUACUAAAAAGAAUGUACAUUUUUGCAAAUUAUGUAACAAAAUAUUUACAUAUCCUUCUUAUCUUGAAGAACAUAUGAAAACUCAUAACAAAGUAUAUAGUGAUUCCAAAAAAGUAUUACAACUUGAAGGAUUCCAAUGUAAUACUUGUAAGAAAAGAUUUAGAUUAAUAAAAAAUUUAAAAGCUCAUGAAAAACUACAUACUGGGAAAGAUCUUAUUCAGUGCGAGAUAUGUGAUAAACGAUUUAGUCAAAACUACAAUUUAAAAGUACAUUUACAAACGCAUAAAUCAAUAAAGAUGCAUAAAUGUGAAUAUUGUAACAAAUGUUUUACUCAAAAAGGUAAUUUGGUGGAACAUUUAAGAAUUCAUACAAAGAUAAAACCAUUUGAAUGUAAAUUAUGUGGUAAAACAUUUUCUCAAUCAAGUCAUCUUAAGAAUCACGAGGCUUCGCAUGUUUCCCUGAGGCAACAUCAAUGUCGAUUAUGUGGGAAACGUUUUAAACUGGCGAAUCAUUUAAAGAGACAUUUAAAUCUACAUACAGGAACAAAGACAUACAAGUGUGAACAAUGCAAUCAAAUGUUUUCUCAAGCUUUUAGUUUAACGAGACAUAUGAAAAGGCACAGUGAUUCCCACAUUUAAUUAUAAUAUAAAAAGAAAUUUUUAUAAAGUACAUCGGAUAAUAUAAUAUAUCACAUCUUUAAAUAUCUAUGUAAAAAAUUCUCGUAUGGUGCAUUGGUCGAUUAAAAGUAAUAAUCAUGUAAAAGCGUGCAAUUUUGGUAAUAAGUUUUCUUAUUAAUAUAAUGUAAUUAUUUUUCGCUUUUAAUUCUAUAAUCUAUUUAUAAUUUUUUAACGUCGUCGUCAGAAUAUGUAAACCUUCUUCAAGUUGAUCUUUGGUAAUAGUCAAUGGUGGUGAUAUUCUAAUUAACUGUCCGUGCGUCGGUCUUGUUAAUAAACCCGCAUCACGUAAUUUCAAACAAAUAUCCCAACCUGUGGCGAAAUCUAAGAACAAACACAUAAAUUAUGAGUAUUUUGAAAUCAUAUGUUUAAAUAUUGGAUAACUGACACUCAAAUAAUAUACUGAAAUAUUGUAUAAUACAAGAUAAGGAAAUACCUUUAUUGAUAAGAAGGCCAGCUAACAAACCACGUCCUCUAAAUUCCACAGCAAUAUCUUUCGGUAAUUUAACCAAUUCAUUUUUUAAUACUUCGCCUAAUUUCCUAGCAUUCUCGGCAAGAUUUUCUUCUUCCAAGAUCUUAACUGCUUCCAAAGCUACUCUAUUUCCUAAAGGACUACCACCGAAAGUGCUACCGUGACAACCCGCUUCGAAACACAUCAUUAUCUAUAAUAAAUUAUUAUUGAUAUAUAUAUAUAUAUACACACACACACACACGUAUGUGUGUGUCAUAUUUUCAGAUAAUUAGAAUCGAAUGAUCUUCCAGGAUGCAGGUAUUAGAUAAAAAAAAAUAUUUUUUCUUACAUUAGGAAAAUUGUUAACACUUAUCAUCAUAAUAUCAUUUAUGUUCUAAAUUUAAAUACCUCGUCGUUUGAUAAUACACCAGAAACUGGA